GGCAUCGAAAUUUCCUACGAGGACAACCAACACCAAUAUUGACUUCAAUUGCACCCAAUCCACCCACGACCAUCGACUCCACCUGUCCCCUGAAUCAGGUUCGUCUCGUCACCACCCAAAUAAUUCUGACGCCACCGCGCUUCUCGGGUUCGACGAUAGAAAUACGAUCGGGAGAUAAAUUCCAACGGAUUACCCCGCGCGCCACGCGCCAAACAAGCUCGGGAUGGACCAGGAUGAGGCCCCUCGCGGAAUUAUCGCCUGGUAUGAUAGUACCAAACCCAUGUUCAUUGACCUGGUGGGCGACUAUGCUGGGAAGGAAUUGUUUCUGGUCGAGGGCGAUUCAUUACUGAGAGAAUGCUUCGAAGAUGAUCGUGUCGACUUCGACGGUGAGCUGAGCCUUGAUGCCGUUUUGUUUGCUGUCGCUCUUUACUCGCGUCCUUGGCUAUUGUACCUACAUAUGCGUGACAAGAUGUCAACUUUACGCAGGCGCCAGCACUUACUCCACCUCCCACGUCAAGCGAGACUUUCCACCAUUUUCAACGUUAUGCCAUCACGAACUCAACUCUUACUGACAAAACAUAGGCGGAUUCCAACUCUUACAUAUUGUCUACGUUGUUGAGCGUUUUCUGGAGAAUUUGGUAAAGCGACAUUGUAAUUUUCAUAUUGCAUUUUUUGAAGGUGAGAACCACCCCUUGCACCAUCGUAUUGCAUUCGAUGAAGAAUAUGCAUGGCAAAAGUCCCUGAUUGCCGAUUCUCUUCGCUCUGCGAACGAUACUGUAAACCCCAAGACAUUCCUGGAUAUUAUAUCUGUCACCCACGCCAUCUGCUAACAUUGAUUUCAGAAAAUGCGCAACUAUGCAUCCCCCCAGGCCUACCACCAAACCAUCGUGCCAAAUACCUUCUGGCAAGAUCGGUAAUCAAGAGACAUUUGACAAUUAGUCUUCCCGCCUCUCGUCCGGAGAUACAGGUCAACACGUUUCCUUCUUUGGAAAGCGAAGAGUUUAAAGAGUAUUUUUAUGUAACACCAAUACAUUUUGUAAUGAUGCAUGAUGGAUCUUCACGGUCACGAACACCACCAGAAUCAACGAAUGGCGACGCGAGAAUCACAAAGGCACUACUCCGAGGUAUCAUUUGGUGGUGGAAUACACACCAAUUAAACGUCUCUCUAAUUAACUGUAUUGAAUUUCGGGAUUCCAAAGUCUUCACUAUGAUCGUCGAAAGUUUUACCCCAUCUAGUCAACAACUACUCGAGGGCAGCAACUUCACAGAAGACAUCGAAGAAAUGAGAGACUCAUUGGAGCAAUUGCGGAUUACAGGCGAAGUAGAACAAGAGGUAGACGCAACAGACCUCGAGGAGUUAUCUGAGUGUCCCCCAGGAAUCACCUCUUCGGGAAGCUUCUAUCUGGCGGCAUAUGGCGUAUCUGAGUUACUUCAGAAUGAGGACUGCGAUGUUUUCUUGGCCUCUGCUUUCAUCCUUCACACAGUAACACAGAAGCAUGUUACUCUCGCGGAUCGACGUCUCCCACUAGUUCGUUUCGACAAGCCAUUUGAGCAAAAACUUGAAACUUUCCUGGAAAAAUUGUCCAUGAUCUUCCACAAGACCAUGGAGCACGAGAGUUGGGCGCCUUUCAUGGCACAGCGUAGGGCAGAAAAUGAUACGAUCGACCUCGUCGAUGGCCGCGUGCUCCGUGCGUUGAUACAGGCAAUGUGUAAUAACAAGUCUUUAGAAGAUUCUCUAUCAACAGACGCAAGCAAGGACUGGAAGAUUCUGUGUCGAAUUGUCAUGCAUCUGGCGGAGGAAGAGUUGUCGCUGAAGGGCAGUACUGGACCGAAGUCUUCAAAAGCAAAAUCACAGACGGAAAGCUCAUCUGAAGAUAUCUCUGUUCUUCCCUUUUCGCACCCAGUAUUCGACAAGCAUUUGGAGUGCAUACACGUAGAUGCUGACACAUCUGUUCAAGCUCGACUGGGUUCAAUGCAGCUUUAUCGAGAGAUAACACACUGGCAUAACUUCAAUAAGCCUCUGAACCCCAAAGUUCCACUACAAGUCAAAGUCUCUAAAUGGCGGUAAGUAAUGGCUGAAUUCUUUCGUAAAUGCCCUACUGAUGGAAUUCGCAGAAAUCCAUUGCGAUUGAACCAAUUUUAUAUGAAUGAAAUGACUUCGUACGCUGCUUCUUUGACCGGGGCAACGGGCAAAGCAUUAGACGCCGAAACAAUCACAAUUGGACCAAAGCAGUUGGUCAAACUUGUUGAGGAAAAGCCGGCAAAGAGUGCAGCGGCAUUAAAGAAGGAAGAGCAAUUGAGCAAUCAACCACAGAAGGGCAAUAAAAAGGGAACAAAAAAAGCUGGUGUUGGGCUUUCUAAGAAAGAAAAAAUGAUUGCAGACAACAAGGAGCGAAAAGGCGGAUCAGAGGCCGAUAAGGCGUUCAGUGUUUGGGCCCAAAAGAAAAAAGAUUUCGACACCAUGUCAAACGACCAAGAUAGAUAUCUACGGACAGAUGAGUAUCUUAACACGUUGGAUUCGGGGAAAAAGAUGCAUCUGGAAGGGGAGAUUAAUCUUUACGUGCUGCAGUCACUGUUAGCUUGGUGGACAGAGGUGGCCAAAUCAACCGGUAAGCAACAAGGGUAUCAUAUUGUAGCUCUCAUAUGGACACGGAUCCGCACGCUAUGCAACAUCAAAUCCCCAAUUAGCAAGGAAAUUGAGCCUCAUGUCACCAAGAUAUGCAAAAUCCUGGAGAUUGGCGACGCAAAAACAAACUUCCUAUCUACGCCCACGGAUCGCAAAAUCUCGUUCAACUUCAAGUAUCCAGCCUCCACACAGGGUCUUGCCAUUGACAUGUCUCAAUCUGAAUUCCAAUUGAAUCACUGUGGUCCUUACAUGGAUCGAAUGUUGGACGCUAAGCCAGACCCUCGAGUAUCGAGCUUCGUUCCUGACGGAUGGCAAAGAGACGUUCUAGACCAGCUCGAUGCAAACAAAAGUGUGUUUGUGGUCGCGCCAACUUCCGCGGGAAAGACGUUUAUAUCUUUCUAUGCCAUGGAACAAGUGCUUCGUGCAGAUAAUGAUGGAGUACUGGUAUAUGUUGCUCCCACAAAGGCGCUGGUCAAUCAAAUUGCAGCAGAGGUCCAAGGUAGGCUCCUUCUAAUUAUCUUUGCCACUCAAGCUAUGCUAAUUUGUCAGGCCGUUUUUCCAAGAAGUAUCCACUCCCUGGAAAGAGUGUUUGGGCAAUCCAUACUAGAGACUAUCGCGUAAAUAAUCCUACUGGUUGCCAAAUCUUGGUUACUGUUCCGCACAUUUUACAGAUCAUGCUUCUGUCGCCCUCCAAUGCGAAAUCUUGGGCUCCCAGGGUUCGACGAAUUAUCUUUGAUGAAAUCCAUUCUAUCGGACAAGCGGAGGAUGGUGUGGUAUGGGAACAGCUCUUACUUCUAGCACCGUGCCCUAUCGUUGCUCUUUCUGCGACUGUUGGAAAUCCCGGUCAAUUCAACGAGUGGCUCAUCGAAACACAAAAGGCUAUUGGGACCGAGCUCAAAAUGAUACAGCAUUCCACAAGAUACUCAGACCUCCGGAAAUACCUUUAUAAGCCUCCUAAGUCAUUCAAGUUUACCGGACUUGGACGAUCUCACGGGCUUGGCUUGGGCCUUGAUGGACUGACCGGGUUUGAAAAGUUCCACCCAGCCGCAAGUUUAGUCGACAAAUCCCGAGGGAUUCCGGAUGACCUGGCGUUAGAGUCUCGAGAUUGUCUUUCACUCUGGAAGGCUAUGUGUAAGUGCCAAACUGACGCGUACAAGGUACCCACCUCAUUGGACCCCGCAAAAGCUCUCCCAGCCUGCAUUAAGAAGAAAGAUAUUUUUGCAUGGGAAAAGGCUCUGAAGAAGCUGCUCCUGCAAUGGAUGAGUGACACAAAAUCGCCUUUCGAUCGUGUUAUUGCAGAAUUAAGUCCUGCUCCUCAAAAGAAAGACGAAGGUCUCAACACCCCAUCUGAUACCUCAUCCCUCACUGCGGAGGACGACAUCGAUCCAGAUUCCUUGGAAGCCACCACGCUACCUCUUCUAUACCAAUUGAACAGUAGACGUGCACUACCGGCAAUUAUUUUCAACUACGACCGCUCGCAAUGCGAGGAAAUUGCAUCUUCUAUUCUGAAGCAACUUGAAGACGCUGAAACAAAAUGGAAAGAGGGGGCACAGUGGAGAAAGUUGAUAGAUGGUUACGAGAAGUGGAAAGAGUUAAAAGACAAGAAAUCCCGAAAACCCGCAAAGCCAGCGAAGAAGAGUAAAGACGCUGAUGAUGAAGGGGGGUCUAAGAUGGACAGAAUGAGAGACGAGGACACUGGCGAUGGCAGUUCAAUUUAUGACCUUUUUGACCCCGACGCACCGCAGGCAGACUUCAGUUUCGCCAACCCGAAGCGUCUUCAAAAGGCGGAGCUUGAUGGUUUCAUCAAAGCACUUCGAUGGAAAGAUAUUAAACAAGAAUUAAUCGAGCUUCUAAAAAGAGGUGUCGGAGUACAUCAUGCGGGUAUGAACCGAAAGUACCGGCAAUGCGUGGAAAUGCUGUUUCGAAAGGGAUUUUUGCGAGUGGUCAUUGCUACUGGCACUUUGGCCUUGGGUAUUAACAUGCCUUGUGCUACCGUCAUUUUCAGUGGAGAUUCUGUAUUCUUGACAGCGCUCAAUUUCAGACAAGCAGCAGGUCGUUCAGGUCGUCGUGGUUUUGAUUUACUCGGAAAUGUCGUCUUUCAAAAUAUCACCCAGCAGAGAGCAAGCCGACUCCUAAGUUCCAGAUUACCAGAGUUAACUGGCCAUUUCCCUAUCACGACAACACUUGUUCUGCGUCUUUUCACACUCUUGAACGGAGCAAGUGGCUCCAAAUAUGCAGAGAGAGCUGUCAGUUCACUAUUGUCACAGCCUCGAUUAUAUCUGGGUGGGCAAAGUUUCAAAGAACAAGUGCUUCAUCAUCUCAGAUUUUCCAUCGAGUAUCUUAGACGAAAUCAGCUCUUAGGCCCUAGUGGAGAGCCUGUAAACUUUACCAGUUGCGUCUCACACUUGUAUUUCACCGAAAACUCCAGUUUUGCAUUCCAUGGUAAGUUUUCCUUGCUAUACCCAAGUUGCAUAUACUCACAUAUUUUACAGCAUUACUUAGAGGUGGUUACUUCCACAAGCUUUGCGCUGAUAUUGACACCAAAACUGAGAAGGUCCUCCAAACGAUCUUAUUGGUACUCAGUCAUCUAUUCGGCCGCCGAGUUUGCAGACAGAUUGAUGAUCCCGAGAUUGCAGAAACAAUUCAUCGUUCCCCUUCCAAAGUAUACCUCGAUCCACUCCCCAAGGAAGCUAUCAAGAUCUUGAGAAAGCAUAACAAAGAUACCCUUGAUAUCUUCAACACAUAUGUCAAGACCUUCGCUGCACAACAUGUCAAGGCGCCUGAGGACUCACUUCCUUUGACGCGCACACCAGUCGGUAAAUCAUCGCUUUUAGUGAACGGUAAUGGUACAAGCAAAGAUACAUCUUCCAGUCUCUUACCAACUCUCGCAAAACCGCGUGCAAGAUCUGCUUUUGUCGCCCUAUCUGGCCUUGGUGACGACUUUGACACCAUCGAAGACCUGUGCUCGUCCACACGGGAGGGUGUCUUCCUAGAGGCAGCCGUCAUACCACAUUUGAAAAUCCACCCCGACGAUACCGGAACUCAACUAAAUGCAUACCUUCUUGAUUUCUUCAUGCAUGGUCAACUUGAACCACUGGAACUUGCCAAUGGUAUUCGAAGCUCAGAUGUAAGUUUGAAUCGCCUCCUCGCGCUCCGAUUAUCUUUAACUUACCAUGUUUAGGUCUGGUUUAUCCUUAACGACUUCUCCAUGGUCCUUGCAACAAUCGCAACAUCCCUCGCUCUUUACUUAGGUAUGGGCUCAGAUUCCGAUCCUGAGAUGCUCGAUGUAAUGGGUAGUGGUGACGCCCUUGAGAACGAUGGCGAUUUUAAGGUGGCCGACAAGACGGAGCCAGAGGUUGCGGCAAAGAUUGGUCAACCACCCGUCCCUCCCCCGACUAUUAAGAAGAAAAAGAUUGCCGAUGACUGGGACGCCAGUGAGGACGCCAUGGGUGCGGAAGAGGACUUUUUGAAGAAGAAUAAGGAGAACGGGGGUGGAAUUAGUGAUCCUGAGGAGUACGAGAGGUUGAUGAAUGUCUACAAGGCUUUCCGAGAGUUGAAGAAGCAGUUUGACGAGAAGUUUAGGGCCAUUUGGGCUUAGAUUAUCUUUUCUCCUGCUGUUCUACUUGGGUUGGAAGAGCUAUUGGCUCCAAAUGACGGUUAUGGAAACGAAUUUACGGGCUCUUCUUUUGUUUUCUUUUUGUUGGACUACUGAAUGUGUUGGGAGACUGAUAAUACCUAGAAUGAUGAUUUCUUUGGGCUGUGCUUACGAUAGAGCUUUCAGUACAUACAGACACAGAAUAGAUCGACAGAUAAAAUAAAAGCAUGCUAUGAUAGAG